AUGGGAUUGCCAGUGAAUACAGCAGAUCUUCGGAACAAUGGUAACAUCCUUGGUAGCCUUCCCUAUUCGACCAGUGAAUACGAGUAUCGGGGGAAGAAACGCUUCUGGGAUACCAUUGACGCAGAAUUGAAUCUAUUCGCGAAAGAUAAAGUGGGAACCAGGAGCCAAUAUGUAAUAUUUUCACAUUUGGAUGAACAUACAUUCCUCAAGGAUAUCGACUCAGAGUGUUUCAAAUAUUUCGAUUCCUACGAUACACACUCACAAAUCCUCCUGAUCAAAAUGCCGACGAGGGGACAUGAGCAAAUUUCCAGGAAGUUCGUCAGCGGGUUGAUCAUCAAACUAUCCCGCAUGAAGGACGGUCUUCAAGAUGAAUUGCACGACGUGGGAUCCGCCGAUGUCGAUCUAACGUCACGACGCAAGCAACCUGACCAGUCCUUUUGCCCUGUUACUCUCCCACAGAGCCGUAGCGACAAAUUCCCAACCUUAAUUAUCGAGGCUGCAUUUUCCGAGUCCAAAACAAAGUUGCGCAGCAAUGCGAAGCUGUGGCUGGUCGAAUCAAAGGGCGAUGUCAAAGUUGCCCUCCUUAUGUCUACGAACAAAGCGCGAAAGGAGGCUACGUUUGAAUUAUGGCAGCCGACUGGGCGAGCGACUCGAAAUGAGCCUGGGAAGAUUGUUGGUGAGCUCAAACAGACGGUGACUGUGACCGAAAAGGGUGGUCAUGCUCGAGCCAGUGGAAAGUUGACUAUUCCCUUUGAGGAUCUUUUCUUGCGAGAGGCUGUUUUUCCAGAGGAAGACAUUGUCUUUACGGAGCGUGAUUUUGUGAAGAUAGCGAGCCAGGUCUGGGCCGUGCAGAAGCUCUGA